UCACCAGCAUGUCCACCCGGGGUUGGGAAGGUCACGUGACGCUGAGGAACGCAGACAGCCCGAACCUGUCCAAGGACUACUCCAUCCUGAAGUACGCCGACGCCAUCAGGGACACGGGCACGGAGGGGUACUUUGAGUACCGCAUCGAGGCAGACGACAUCGGGAAGGGGAUCCUGCGCGUGAGUGAGAAGUGGGGCGGCAUCUGGCGGGCGCCGAACAACUACACCUUCACUGCCCGCAACGCCAGCCAGCAGGGCAUCGAGCUGGUGGAGCGCUUCCCGCCUAGAAGGGACAACGACAACAUCGACAUGCGCAUGCCCUGGAUCCCCCCUCCCACCGACACGUCCCCGGCCCUGCUGACGUCAUCGGAGCGACGGUACGAGUAUGACUGGUGGGGCACGAUCAUCUCCAAACACCGGCCCAACUCCUACUACACCAACCCCAUCCACCCCUACCGACCCAACCCCGCCAGAAUUCUAUACUGGAUGCGGGAGGGUAGAGCUCCUAUAUACAGCAAAUCGUAAAAUAUA